ACACAGCGCAGCAUCAUCUGAAGCCAAGGUCACCUGCAUCCUUCCAUCCUUAGUCCUUUGCAGCCUUGCCCUUUGUUUCUGGAGGCGUCGUUGGCAGAGACCCCAAAGGAUGGCAUCAGCGGCUUUGCAGAUCCUGGGCUUGACCCUCUGCGUUCUGGGCUGGGCCGGGGCCAUCCUGGUGGCCGGCUUGCCCAUGUGGCAAGUGUCUGCCUUCAUCGAGAGCAACAUCGUGGUGGCCCAGACCACCUGGGAGGGCCUCUGGAUGGCCUGCGUGGUCCAGAGCACCGGGCAGAUGCAGUGCAAGGUCUACGACUCCAUCCUGGCCCUCAGCCCUGAGAUGCAAGCCGGGCGCACCCUGAUGGUCAUCGGGGCCCUGCUGGGGCUGGUGGCCCUGAUGGUGACGGUGGUGGGCGCCCAGUGCACCAACUGCGUCCGGGUGGGCAAAGUCAAGGACUGGGUUGCUGGGGUCGGUGGGGCCCUCUUCCUCGUCUGUGGCCUCCUGGUCCUGGUGCCCCCCAGCUGGUUUGCCAACAUCAUCAUUAGCAACUUCUAUGACCCAAGCGUCCAGGCGUCGCAGAAGCGGGAGAUGGGAGCGGCGCUCUAUCUCGGCUGGGCGGCCGCUGUCCUCCUCCUCCUCGGUGGUGGCCUCAUCUGCUGCUCUUCGGCCCGCCAAGGGGAGGUCUCCACCUUCCCUGUCAAGUAUUCAGCCCCGCGGCGGCCUACCGCCACCUCCAACGGCGAGUAUGACAAGAAGAACUACGUCUGAGGGACGGUGGGACGCCACGCCACUGGACGGGGACCUCCUGAGAGAGAGAGACUGAAAGACUGGGGAGGGGGGUCCAUAUGCCACAGGAAGGGAGACUCCUUUCGCGGCCCUCCAGGUGCCCAGAAAGAUGCCAGCUCAGCCCAGGGCCAAAGGUCAACCCUCUCCUUGCUCUCUUUUUCGCCAUUUCUGUGCCUUUCGGAAACUCUCUUGGGGAUAAAAAAAAGAAGAAGAAGAAACUCCUGGAACUUUAGGACUCUGUAGGGCUUAUUUGGGGACUUAUCCUCGUCCUCAUCCAACGAUUCGCUGCAUUACGUCUUAACUGGAAGCCUCAGGGGAUCUCACACACACACAUCUGUGGGUUGGGGUUUUUUUUUCCAUCUCUUAAAUCCUAUGUAAAUUGACGGUAUGUAAAUUGUAGUAGUCCCCACCUAACGGUUCCUUGCUUUGCUUCCUAACUAGAAAGAAGCGUUGGGGAAGUCUCCCCAUCUACUUCUUUUAAAUUCAAGACCCACUGAGAGCUGGAACCUGGCACAGUGCUAAUCCUCAUUGUGGCAUUCCGAUUGCUUCUUCAUUGAAAGGAGCACGGUGAGGGUCAUAUGCACACAUAUCUAUUGUACUUUUAAAUGAAGUUUGCUCUCUCGGUUUUAUUUUUUAAGAAACCCCAGACCGCUGAGCGGAAUGGGAUUUUCCGCUCAACUUUGGCAAAAAUUGUGAAGUCGAAGGCUUUCGAUUGGCAAUAGCCAAUUGCAAACCUACUUAUGACUCCAAUUGGCAAAAAUUGGUCACCGUUCCUAUUAUGACUAUAAAUGAGGCACUUAGUUGGAAGAAAUCGCAGCUAGAUUUUUCAUCUUUGACAUCAGCUUCUCUCGGACCGCCACCUUUUUUAUUUGCUUGGAGUAUUUCUGCGGUCCCAGCGUGUUUCGCUUUGGACCAGCUGGAAAGUCAGUGGGGAGUCUGUCAGAGUUUUAAAUAAGCCACUUGCAGAUCUCAGCCUCUCUGUGGCCGAACUGUAGGGUAAGAGUCCCUUCCUAUAAAUUUAUCUUCAUAAAAUGUGUGUUUUCUAAAGAUCUAGCUCUUCAUAGCAGUGUGAGAUAAUGGAGAUAACUGGCAUACUUGGUUUUUAUUUUCAGAAUGACCAUUUCAGUAUUAACGUUGUGACCCCCCAAUAAAAUCUGCCCCAGCUCUAAAAACUGGUUGAGGAAACCAUGUUUCAGAUUAUUAAGAUGUUCAACCUACAACUUAGCCUUUUGGGGGCGGGAAGGGUGGGUCAAACAUGGUUCAUUUCAAUGGCUUUGGUGCAGGAUAGGUACUGGACUGAACAUAAUUGCAUACCAUAAUGUAAUCUCUCUGUGGUUUUCACCUGUGUUUUCAAAUCAAAGACCUUUGUACAUUUGAUAUUAUUGAUUUAUUUAUAAACAGCUGCCUGUCCAUUUUCCUUUUUUAAAAAAAAAACUGAUAAGAUUUGAGUAAAAAAAAUCCUGAUUUG